AUGUCUGGUGCAAGUCCUCCUGGAGGUGCAUCGAUACUCAAAGGCAGCGCCCCAAGACCGUACUUGCCUUUACCGAUCUCCCAGUCCUCACAACCAGUUACUGAUGCAGCUUUCUAUCUAUUCUUACAGUACAGCUUCCCGGAGUCGGGCAACAGCUACAAGGUCCGCCUUUUGGCCGCGCUGUUAGGUCUUGACCUGAAAAUUGAGGAACUUGACCUUCUCGCCGACCAACAACACUCUCCCGAGUAUCUUGCGAUCAAUCCACGAGGAGAAGUCCCAUGCCUUGUAGUGCAUGACGUCGUUCUCGGCGGCAAGAAGGUCUUUAGCGACUCGAGCUCUAUCCUUGUAUGGCUUGCUGGUGCGCAUGGUAACGAUGGACAGAGUCCGGGUCCAUCGACCUACUGGUCCGGUGAUCUAUACGAGCAGACACAGAUCAUCGACUGGUUGGCCUUUUCGAACAGUUGGGUUCAAUAUGGUGUCUUCACCAAUCGUGCCAUCCUCUCAUACAGUGGUCCGGGCAACGGGCUCGGCUCGAAACAAAACUGGUCAGAAGAGCGACUGAAGAACAUGCUCGAAGAGGGCGCCAUCAGAGGACAUAAGUCAUUGAGUAUUCUUCAGGAUCGCUUACAUGAUCGAGACUGGCUAGUCCUGAACCGACCGACUGUUGCAGACAUCAGCGUAUUCGUUUAUGUCGCUUUAGCUCCCAUGGGGGACAUUGAUCUGCACCCAUACCCUGCGGUCCUGUCGUGGAUUGAGCGCAUCAAGAAGCUGCCUAACUUCAUAUCUAUCCCUGGCUUGGACGACCCUUACAUUCGUCGAAGGAAAUGA